AUGCGAUUAUGUCUUAUUUUUUGGCUAUGGUUAAUAAUUAAUAUUUGUAAAAUCAAAAGUCAAUAUAUUCGUUUAUCAACAGUUAAUUGUAGUGAAUUAUCAGCAAUAGGUACAUCAAUAAUACAAUUAUUAGAUAUAUUACCAUCAUCAAAUUGGGAAUUUUCAUUUUUAACUCAAACAUUAAUUAAAUCUUAUUUUUUAUUAGAUGAUCUUAAAGGUACAAUUAUAGUUAAAAAUCUUCUUGAUCGUGAAAAUCUUUGUCGUUUAAAUUUAUGUUCAUGUUUAAAUCAAUGUUUAAUUAAACUUGAAAUAAAUGCUAUAAGUGAUAUAUAUUCAUAUAUAUUAUCAUUACCAAUAUUAAUUUAUGAUGAAAAUGAUAAUUAUUGUUAUUUUUUAAAUGAUAUUUAUUAUAUAAAUAUUACUGAAAAUAUACAAUUAAAUACUCGUAUUAUAUUACCAAUAGCAUAUGAUCCUGAUUUACCACCAAAUAAUAUUCAAUCAUAUUAUUUAUUAGAAAAUAAUAAUAAAGAAUUUUAUUUUGAUAAUCAAUUACCACCAUCAAUUAUUAUUAUUGAACAAUUAGAUCGUGAAUUAAAAGAAAAAUAUUAUUUUGAUUAUUGUGCAUAUGAAGGUAUUUAUGAAAAACAACGUUCAUGUUGUAUGAAAAUUAUUUUAAUAAUAACAGAUAUUAAUGAUAAUUCAGCAAAAUUUCAAUAUGAUCAACAAUUACCAUUAAUAUUAAAUCUAUCAGAAUUAACACCAAUUAAUACAGAACUUAUUCAAAUGAAAGCAUUUGAUCCAGAUUAUGGUCAUAAUGGACAAAUUAUUUAUACAUUUUCAAAAUGGACAUUAAAUGAUAAAACAAUUAAUCAAUUAUUUUAUUUAAAUUCUCAUAAUGGAUCAAUUAUACUUUUAAAACAAUUAGAUUAUGAACAACGAAAUAAUUAUGAAUUACAAAUACAAGCUAUUGAUCUUGGUCUUAAUGCUAUUCCAACAUAUACAACAGUUAUUAUACAGAUUAAUUUUGAUCGUGAACAAAAAUCUUCUUAUUCAUUUUCAUUAUAUAUUUAUGAUCAUGGAAAACCAAAUAAUUCAUUAAAAAAAACAUUUGAUUUGUAUUUAAUUGAUAUAAAUGAUUGUUUUCCAUAUUUUAAUAAUUCAAUAAAUAAUUCAUUUAUUAUUGAUGAAAAUAAUCAAGAAAAUAUAAUUAUUCAUACAUUUCAAGUAUAUGAUAAUGAUGAAAAUGAUAAUAUUAUUCUUUAUUUUGAAUAUAAAAAUGAAGAAGAAAAAGAUAUUUUUCAAAUAAAUAAACAAAAUCAAUUAAUUAUUAAAAAAAGUCUCGAUUAUGAAUAUAAAUCAUUUUAUAAUUUAACUCUUAUUGCUCAAGAUUCAAUUGGACAUCGAACAUCAAUUUUAAUAAAUAUUUAUCUUAAUGAUUUAAAUGAUAAUCCAGUUAAAUUUCAUACAAAUUUUAUUCAAAUACAAAUUCAAGAAAAUUAUUUAGCUAAAACAUUUCUUAGUCAAAUUCAUGCUGAAGAUAAAGAUAAAAAUAAUCAAAUUAUUUAUUAUAUUCAUCCAAAUGAUUUAAAUUCUAUUAAAAAUUUAAUUGAAUUAAAAACAAAUGGAAGUUUAUAUACAAAAAUAAAAUUUAAUCAAAAACAAAUAAAUAAAUUUCAAUUUCGAAUAAUUGCUAAUGAUUCUUUAUAUACAGAUAUUAUUUUAAUAGAAAUUCUUAUUGAUAAUAAUAUUCUAUUAAAACCACAAACUCCAUAUUGUUUUAUUUUAAAUAAUAAUGAAAAUAUUCGAAUUCAAUUUCAAGCAUAUAAAAAUGUAUCAUUUUUUUUAAGAAAUCCAUCAUCAUCAGAUAUUAUUCUUUUUCCUAAUGGAACUUUAAUUCUUAAAUCAAUUAUAAAUAAAUAUUCAUUUGAUAUUUAUUUAGAAGAAAAUAAUUAUUCUGCUAUAUUUACAAAUUUUAUUCUUUUAAUUCAAUUUAAAUGUGAAAAUUAUCAUUUUAUUCAAUUUUAUCAACAAAUUAUUUUUAUUUCUUUAAUAUGUUUUAUUAUCUUUAUUAUUAUUAUUAUUGUUUGUUCUUAUAUUCAACAUAAAAUAGAAAAAAAAUCAUUUGAGAAAAAAUCAAAUAUAAAACAAUCAUUUUCAUUAUCAUUAAAUGAUAUAUUUCUUUUCUCAUGUUCAUCACCACAAUUAACACCGAUGACAAUAACAUCAAUGUCAACACAUCAACAAAUAAAUAAUUCUUCAACAUUAUCAACUUAUAUUAAAUUGAGUCAUUCAUUACAAGAUGAAACCAUUUAA